UGGGUGGCGGCUGCGCUGUAGGCGGGCCACAAGCCUGGACGCUCUGCGGGGAGGGGCGGAGCGAGCAGGCGGGCGCGCUCUCAGGGACUGCCCCGGCCGCCGCCGCUGCCCGGGAAUGAUCUGGGUGGCAGCAGGCGGCCCCGGCUAGCGGCCCUGAGUCACCUCUGCGACCACCGAGAGGAGGGACGGUCGCCAGCCCCGUGUCGUCCCCCUCUCAGCCCCCGAGGAGGGGCGGGAGGAAGCAGCCGCUAAUGUCAGGUACGGCCGGCGGAGGCGCCCUCAGGCUGCGGGUCCAAGGUCUCAGCUCCGCUUGCCCUCCCCCCUUCUCCGAACGUGUGGGGGGGUGGAGCUUGGCGGGUGGGACCAAACCCCCUGCGCGGCCAAACAGGUGUCUCGCGGUUGUGCCCCGGCCGGGUGAGGCGGAGAGGCGUCUGGGCUUCUGAGCGAGGCGCGGGCACUUCCUGCUCCGGAAGCCUUGGCGAGCUGCCGUAGGGGCUGCGUGCCCAUUCGGCCGCUAUUCCGUUGACAUGUUGCAUGCUCUUGACCGUGGGUCCUUCGUUCCUGACCUCUGGCAUCCCUCAUCUCCUCCUCGCGCUCAGCCUGGCGUCGGACAACGGCGGUGAGGCUCCGACUGCGCUCCGGUGUUCGCGCCGGAUCUUUUAGCGGUCCUGUCCUUCCGGGCCCGGCUCCCCACUUUGGUCACCCCCGACCCCCUUCCCACCUGGGGUCAGGUGGGACCAGGAGCGCUGUUGUUGGGGCACCGUCCCCGAGAGCCGCCUGGCUGCCGUGCCGCCCGAACGCCCAGCAAGCGGGCUCCUUCCAGAAGUGCCCUGGGAUUUGCCUGCGGCGUGCUUGGAUCAUCAGAUAUAGUUUGAAUCCUGAUUUGAAAAAAACAACUGUAAAGAGACAUUUGUGAGAUAAUUGAGGAAAUGUGAUGACGGAAGAGAGUUUGGGGAAACUUGAAUUACAGACUGCAGAAAAACACUUUUGGGAAAUGGCCUCUAAAUCUUGGCUGAAUUUUUUAAUCUUCCUCUGUGGAUCAGCAAUCGGAUUUUUUUUAUGUUCUCAGCUAUUUAGUAUUUUGUUGGAAGAACAAAGUGAUACCCAACCUAAUAUUCUUCAUAAUGAUCCUCAUGCUAGACAUUCAGAUGAUAAUGGACAGAAUCAUCUAGAAGGACAAAUGAACUUCAAUGCAGAUACUAGCCAACAUAAAGAUGAGGACACAGACAUCGCUGAAAAACUCUAUCAGAAGGUUAAAAUUCUUUGCUGGGUUAUGACAGGACCUCAAAAUUUAGAGAAAAAGGCCAAACACGUCAAAGCUACAUGGGCCCAACGUUGUAAUAAAGUUUUGUUUAUGAGUUCAGAAGAAAAUAAAGACUUUCCUACUGUGGGAUUGAAAACCAAAGAAGGCAGAGACCAGCUAUACUGGAAAACAAUUAAAGCUUUUCAUUAUGUUUAUGACCAUCAUUUAGAAGAUGCUGAUUGGUUUAUGAAAGCAGAUGAUGAUACAUAUGUCAUAUUAGACAAUUUGAGAUGGCUUCUUUCAAAAUAUGACCCUGAAAAACCCAUUUACUUUGGGAGAAGAUUUAAGCCCUUUGUAAAGCAGGGCUACAUGAGUGGAGGAGCAGGAUAUGUUUUGAGCAAGGAAGCCUUGAAGAGAUUUGUUGAUGCAUUUAGAACGGACAAAUGUACACAUAGUUCCUCCAUCGAAGACUUAGCAUUGGGGAGAUGCAUGGAAAUUAUGAACGUAGAAGCAGGAGAUUCCAGAGAUACCACUGGAAAAGAAACUUUUCAUCCCUUUGUACCAGAACACCACUUAAUCAAAGGUUAUCUACCCAAAACAUUUUGGUACUGGAAUUAUAACUAUUAUCCUCCUGUAGAGGGUCCUGGAUGCUGUUCUGAUCUUGCAAUUUCUUUUCAUUAUGUUGACCCUCUAACUAUGUAUGAGUUAGAAUACCUCGUUUAUCAUCUUCGCCCAUAUGGUUAUUUAUACAGAUAUCAACCUGCCUUAUCUGAGAAUAGACUAAGGGAAAUAACUGAAACACACAAAAAUGAUGAUCCAAAAGUAAAAUUAGGAAACCGUUGAAAGAAAAACAUGAGUGAACAGAAGUAAAAUGCCUGACAUUGCACUGAAGAAGGACUUCUACAUUUCUGUUAUAGAGUACUGGAAUCCCACUGUGGAAUUCUUUCUAAAUGAACAUUCCAUAUUAGAAAUCUUUCAUAUGAAUGACUGUAACCUGAAGCUUUAAUGAGCUGUGAAGUCUGUUAAAAUGUGUUUUUGAUACAGUAAUAUAUAUAUGAAGAAUAUGUGUCUUUAAAAUGGUGGCCAGGUAGAGGGACUAGAAAAGAGAUUUUGUUGCCUGUUCCUGACCACAUGUGUUAUUGUCACUAAGAAACUAAAACAGCUAAAUUUGCUAAAACUACACUGCACCAUGUUAGUAACACACACAAUGCUAAAAAGAUCAGCCUUAAAGAAAAUUUUAGAAGAAAAAAUUGUUGCUCAGUGUUGUUUGUAAACUCAAGGUGUGAGUUUGUGUUUGCAGUAUGACAUAAAUGAAACAACCCUCCCUCCCCUGCUACACACAGACACGCACACACACUGUUUGUCUAAUGAAAAUUUUUCUGUGAUUAUUUAUAAUUAGCAGUAUUUCUUCCAGAAAAAGUGGUAUAUGAAUGGCACUUGUCCUAAAGUGCAUUAAUAAAACCAUACGUUGAAAUUAUCUUGGGCCUUGGCUCUAUUAUAUAUUUGGUUCUAAUUAGUGGUUAAUCUUUCACUAAAAUGAAUAGUAUUCACCAAGUUCCUAUUGUUUCUUUUCUAAAUAUGUUUAAUCACUCUUGAAUAACAUUCUCCAUUAUUAAAAUUUAUUUACUCAGAGCAUUAACAACACUCUGUAAACAUGCAUUCUUAAAUAUUUUUGUCCUCAAAUUUAUCCAUCAUUAAUUAUGGAUAGCUAAUAGAAAAUUUAAUGCUUUUCGGGGAUGCUUUUAUUAUAUUGGUGCCAUACUCAGGAAUUACUAAGUAACACUUUUAAUUAUUUAAAACUCUUUCCAACUACAUAAUUAUAGUUCCUUCCAUUCUCAUCUUGUUGAAAAAAUGAGAACUUAUGUGUGCCUUUUGUAACUUGUUUAAAACAGUUUUAAAAUUCUCCUGUUUUUAGGAUCUGAGGUGGCUAUUAGACUGGUAAGAUUGUUUGAAUGUAAAAUUUUAACCAGCAUUAAAAAACAGUAGAAAAUUCUGAGUGCUUAAACAAACUAAAAGAUAUCAUAUAUUAAAAGACCAAAUAAUUUAUGAGUAAUAACCCAAAGUUUGAUGCUAGCUUUUACUAUCUUGGGAUGAUUAAGUUUUGCCAGCGGGUAAAUCUAGCAAAGUAGAAGAUCCAUUCAAGACCGUUUGCAAAAACACAUUCAUGAAAGACUCAUUCUAAUUUUAGUGACCCUCUGUUUAAAGAGUUUCUGGAAGGAAAGAAAAAUUUUAAUUCCCAUUGGUUUUAGCAAUAUAGUAUCUAAGUGUAUCAUAACAAAAUAUUUUACAGACUUUUUAUAAGAUUAUCUUUAAUGUUAAAAAUGAUUUACAUCUCUCAUGUUUAUCAUUAUGCUAAUUUUACAUGGCUGUCAUGCCAUUUACUAUGCUGCUUAGCUAAAUGAUUUAUAUUUAUUGUGCCAAUAGCUGUCAAAACCUUGACCUUUUUCAGUGGAAUAUUUGAGAGGAUGAUUAUUUUAUUGGCUAAUUAUGGAUUACUCUCUCCACAGAGUGAAAACACUCCUGAAUAUUUACCAAUUAAAUUUUGUUGUUGUUGCUUCUGUGGUGGUGUCACCUGCCAAAAUUUCAAGGAAUUUAUUCCUUUUUUUUUAACAACUCUUCACCUUUCUGUGGAUGUGAAUUUAUUUGUAGUCCAUAUAGGCUACUUUCCUGUUUAUGGUAAACAUCCAGGAUUCUUAAAAUUUGCUCAUAGAAGCCACAUUGUGGUGACUUCUGGGCCCUGGAGUCAGACUUCCUGGAUUUAAAUUCCUGCUGCAUCACUUACUAGCUUUGUAAAUCUUGGGCAGUUUACUUAAUCUCUCUGUGCCUCAAUUUCCUUAUUUGAAAAUUAGAGAUAAUGCUACCUACCUCACAGGAAUUUUAUGAGGAUUAAAUGAGUAAUACAUGUAAGAUUCCUAGAACACUGUCUGGCCCAGAGUAGGGAGCAAUAAAUAUAAGGUUUUAUUAUUAUUCUAUUACCUUUGGGUAUAAAUAUUUAAUUUAAAUGAAUGAAAAAUCUACUUUGAUUAAACUUGAUACUGAAGGAAUAUUUCAUACAUUUCUUAUAUAUUAAUAAUAAUAUUAGAUGGCUAGAAUUUAUCUGCUGCCUGCUAUAUGCCAGCCAUUGUGCUUAGUUACUCUGUGUGCAUUAGCAUUAAUCCUCACAAAUUGUUAUUCCCAGAUUAUAGAUGAGGAAACAGGCUCAAAGAAUUGAAGUAACUUUCCUAGUGUCACAAAGCUAGUAAGUAACAGAGCUAGGAUUUGUACCCUAAAGCCUCUCUUGUGUGUUCUUUGCACCAUGCCAGGCUGGGGUUAAUCAGUAAACAUUAUUUCUGUUUUCCCUUAUAUGAGACAUUUGAUACAUUGGCCAAAUUUAACUGGCGAGUUGUCAUAGUGGUUCUCAAAUUAUGGUUCUCACACUCUUGCUAGGGAGUUUAUUAAAAUGCAUAUCUCAAGAACCAAAUCCCAGAAACUCAGAUUCUAGUACAGGGCCUAAUAAUAUGCAUUCUCACCAGAUAACCCAGGGCAGUGGUUCUUAAAGUGUGUCCCAAUCAACAGCAUUAGCAUCACCUGGGAACUUGGAAAUACAAUUUCUUGGGUACCACCCAAGACCUACUGAAUCAGAGACCCUAGGGGUGGGCUCUAGCAAGCCCCAGGUGAUUAUCAUUCAUCCUGUCUUGAGAACCAUAGCCUUAGGACCUAUGUGAUUCUGAUGCACAUCGUCCUUGGAGCACACUGAGGAUUACUGCAUGAUAAGUAAUAUAUUUUUCAGACUUAGAUAAAGGAUGUUUUAAAUCAAUGAUGUCCAUGGGCACACUAUAUUAAAUGUAAAAGAUUUAAAGGGUCAGUGGAUCAUUCAUUUUAGCAAAAUUCUUUAGCUUCUCUGGUGUGAUUAUUACCUGGGCCUGCAAAAAAAUACGUAAUUCUCUAAGUAAUUUCACAUUGCGGCAAGAAGGGUUUUUUAAGUACUAAGUACAUAUUAACUUAUUUAAAGCAUACGUAAAUGAAUGUCACCAAAAAAUGUCUAAUUGUUAGUAAAAAUUUUAAAUCCAGCUGGCAAAACGCUGUUUUAUAAUAUCCAGAAUAUUUUUCUGCUAAUUCAUACUAUGAGUUAAAACAUUACUCUCAAGAAUCAGCUGACUGUCCUACAUGACCUAAUAACACAAAAAAUUCUUCAGAUCAUUGUUAGAACACAUAAAACCAGAUUUCAUGGUGGCAAUGAUUUAUUCAUCUUUAAGAUCUUUGACAUUUGGAGAAAUGAUUUUUAGCCUAGUCUCAAGACAUAAGGCUUUUUUGCUGUCUUAUGUUUUCUAAUUACAGUAUGCUUUUGUUUUCUAGUGGAAAGUCCUUAUAUUCAAAGCAGGUUUUUGUCUGAGAUUAUUUGCUUUCAAAUACCUUAAAUUUCAGAGGAGUUUUUGUUAGUGUAAUAAGAUUCAAAAAUCAGUGGCCAAUUUUUAAUAUUUUUUGAAAUAUGGUAAUUGGAUUUGUGCAUUAAAUUUGCUAAUGGUUAUUUUUAUAAUUGUUUCAGGAGUAUUAAUUUUUCAUUUCCUUGGGCCUAUGAACUAUAGUAGUACCAGAUUGAGACACUAUUGUACUUGAAAGAAUCCCUCACUUGAUCAGAUUUCCUCAUGUCUUGCUUUUUUCAUUUAGAUUUUCAGUUUAUUAGACUAUUAGUCUCUUUGACAACUUCUGCUGCUUUGUAUUUAUGACCCUUCCUCAUUUCCUUCAUAACUAACUUCAUUUUCUAGCUAAUCCUUAAUAUUGCUUUCACAAAGUUAAUUUGACUGUUAUUAGUGAUUAGAAUUUGUAUCACUUACUGGUAGUUUUAUACCUACUAACUAGGUUUCCCUAUGAGAGUGAAAGUAAAAGUCUGUCUAAUAAGGUCCCCUGGCUUUCAGGAUACUUGCCCCACUUCGAAAUCUACAAUUUUAAAACGAAUUCUAGAUCUAUGAUUAUUAAAUGAAGUAAAAAAUUGAAGUUUAGAUUCCCUAUCUCUUCCUCUCCUUUCUCUCUCAAUUAAGAACAACAAAAAAAUCUCACUUGCCUCAUUUCUCUACUUCUAUACUAGGCAUGACAGAAAUACAUUUAAGAAAUCUGGGACAACCUGUGGUUUAUUUUAUGCUAAAUGUAACCUCUUGACAAAAAAUGACUUAUGUUUAUAUGUCACAGUUGAAAUAGAAAUUUUACAAAUUUUCUUUAGAGAAACCAAUUCUAAAACUAAUUUUAGAAUUGAAUUGUGCCGUAGUUCAACUCCCUUACCUCUCUGGUGUUCAGUUUAUAUUAGUUAAGUUUAAAUAACUUUGCAGAGCCCUGCAAAACCAUAUGAAUUAUAUUACUAGAAGGAAACUAAUCUUACUGCUAAGCAGUGUUUUAUAUUACACAGUGAUUGUUGUGUUUUCAAGUUUAAAAAUUAUGUAAGGUGAUAGUGUCAUGAAUGGUUUAAAAAGAUGUCUGGUGACUUGCUUAUUUUAAGUGAUCACCUUAAGUCAGAAAAAUGUAUUUUUAAAUACGUUUUUAAAAGUGCCUUUUGAACAUUUUUGAACAAUGGAUUUAAACAACUGCAUAAAAAUAAAUUGCCAUCUUUA